AUGCGUUCAACUCUGUGGUCACUAUUGGGCCUCACCGGGUUGGCCUACGCCAACACCGAGGGAUCCUGUAAAUGCACACCUGGAGACUCAUGCUGGCCAUCUCUCGACACUUGGAAUGCGCUCAACGCGUCGGUAUCUGGAAAGCUUAUUAAGAACACCCCCAUUGCCAUUUCCUGUUAUCCAGGUCCCGACCAGGACGAUGCCCAGUGCGCUUAUGUCAAUUCCCAAUGGUCCAAUGAAACCUGGCAGGCUCUGUCACCCGUCGGAUACGUUUAUCCUACCGAUGACAGCUGUCCGCCCGUGGAUCUCAGCUCGGGAGAGAAGCCUGGGAACUGUACCCUGGGACAGGCUCCUGUGUACACCAUCAAUGCGACAGAGCCGGAAGAGCUAGCUGCCGGGAUGGUGUUUGCAAAGAAGAAUAACAUUCGUCUUGUUGUGAGAAACACCGGCCAUGACAUUCUAGGAAAGUCUGAGGGCUACGGUGCCCUACAAAUCUGGAUCAAGUAUAUCCAGAAAGGAAUUACCUACCAUGAAAACUACGUGCCAUCGGACCAAUGUAAGGACACAAAGUGGACCGGUGCUGCGCUCACGAUCGCAGGUGGUUACGUCUGGGCGGAUGCCUAUCGGGAGGCAUUCAAGCGUAACCUGACCAUCGUUGGUGGAGGAGACCCUACUGUAGGCUGUAUCGGUGGAUACAUCCAAGGUGGUGGCCACUCACCUGCAAGCCGUGACUACGGUCUAGGGUCAGACCAAAUCCUCGAAGCGCAAGUCAUGCUCGCCGACAGCACCACCGUAACUGCCAACGCUUGCCAGAACUCCGACCUCUACUUUGCGAUCCGUGGAGGCGGCGGUGGCACCUAUGGCGUUGUCACCUCUGUAGUGAUGAAAGCGUACCCUUCAAAACCUGUCGUGGCGCAGUCGCUCGCCAUCCUGCCACUGGGGAACAGCACCGAUGCCCUUCUGGAAGCAGUUACAGACAUCCACACCGAGUACCCAGCCAUCUCCGACGCAGGGUUCUCCGGGUACGGCACCUGGUCCCUCAACAGCCCCAUGGUAAUCAUCGGCAACCAGACGGUUGGGUACGUCCAUGCCGUGGCAGCGAUGGGUAAAUCUCGCAAGGACGCAGAGGUAGCAUUUGCACCUCUGCUGCAGAAGCUACAGAAGUACAACGGCACCUCGCUUUUUGUUUCGGUCCAGUGGUAUGAGUUCCCCUCGUAUCCGGCCUACUACAUGGCCAUGUCGGGGGCGCACCAAUCCACUGGCUCGGCGAACUCUGCGUUGACUUCUCGGAUGUUCAACAAGGACUCUCUGACCAAGAACCGGGCUUUCCUUCGCAAGAUGAUCGGUACCAUUGCCGGGGCUCCGGAGGAGUACACUAUCAACAGCGUGGAGCUGGUCGGUGGUGGAAAGGUUCUGACCGACGGAAAAGACCGCUUCUCUGGGGUGAACCCAGCCUGGCGCUCGACCUACAUGGUCAACGUUGUAGCCCGGGGUUGGGCUGACGAGUCAGACGCUGACGCUGUCAAGAAGGAUAUUACCUACAAGAAGGGCGGGGCUAUGAGGGCUUUGACCCCGGGAAUGGGUAGCUACAUGAACGAGGCCGAUCGGAACGAUCCUUACUGGGCUACCGACUUCUUCGGUGCUAACUACAAGCGUCUGUGUUCAAUCAAGCAGAAGUAUGACCCGGACAGCCUUUUCUACUGUCCAGCCUGUGUGGGUAGUGAGGCCUGGCAUCAGGAUAGCCUCCCUGGGAAGGCAUAUGGUCCUCUUUGUUACGGAAGGAAGUAG